AUGCAGGUGCCUAACCACCUCACUGCCAAAGGCAGUGCUGAUUCUUUUUCCCCUUCCCCUGCACCUGAAACCAAACUCGUGGGUUCCCGAGUGGCUGCCCCGGGUGAAGUUCCCGCUCGCCGUCUGCGUCUUUCGGAGGUGGACGAGGCGCACAGGGCUCGCAGCCCAUCUCGGCGGCCAGGCUAUUGUGUAGACGAGCUGUGUACUUGCGGCCAGCACAAAUGCAUUCCUUCAAGGCCUUCUGUGCCAUUUGAGGGGAACUCGGUAUACAGACAGGAAUACGGACCCAAACCCCUACCGACCCCGCUGCAGCAGGCACCGGUGACGCUGCCUCCUUCUUUGCCUUUUGAGGGCGAGAGCAGCUACAGGACUGAGUAUGGACCCAAGCCACUGCCGCCUCCCCCAAAAGCCUCCACUGUGACGGUGCCCGCUUCGCUUCCUUUCGAAGCGACAACAGCGUAUCGCACAGAUUAUGGCCCGAAACCCUUACCCCCGCCCACAAAGCCAGCAGAAAUCCACCUGCAGCCCUCUCUGCCAUUCGAGGCCAGUUCGUCUUACAGGUCGGACUACUGCGCGAAGCCCCUACCUGAGCGGAUGCCUGUUACUGCAGCACCAACUCCUGUGUCUCUGCCUUUUAGAGGAACCAGCGCUUACAGAGAAGAAUUUGGCCCCAAGCCACUGCCACCGCCACUAGCCCCUCAGAAGGUGGAGGUGCCUCAGUCUCUUCCUUUUGAAGGCGAAAGCGUCUACCGCUCUGAGUUCAACCGCAAAGAAAACCCCGUUUGCCAGGUGGCGCGCCUCCCCCCUUACCCCCAACCCGAGUACCCCAACAAUCACGUCUUCUGGGACAAGGAAGAAAAGACCUGGUACUGA